AGCCAUGAUGGAAGAAGACAUAGAAUUAUGGCAACAAGUUUUCCAGGAGCUGAUUCAAGAAGUGAAACCAUGGCACAAAUGGACCCUCACACAAGACAAGGGCCUUCUUCCUAAUGUUCUGAAGCCAGGAUGGAUGCAAUACCAGCAAAAGACCUUUGCCAGGUUCCACUGUUCCUGCUGCUCUCGCAGCUGGGCCUCUGGCUGCGUCCUGACAAUCUUCCACAUGCACUGGUGUGAGAAGAAGGGCCAGGGCCAGGUGAAGAUGAGGGUCUUCGCUCAGAGAUGUAACAAGUGCCCUGAGCCUCCGUUUGAGGCUCCAGAGUUCACUUGGGACAACAUCUCAAGGAUCCUGAACAACCUGCUCUUCAGAAUUCUGAAGAAGUGCUAUGGAGAAGGGUUUAAGCAAAUGGAUGAGAUUCCUUUGCUUGGAGACACCAGUCUUGAAGGACCACAUGACAGCAACAACUGUGAGGCAUGUCUGCAGGGCUUUUGUGCUCAGAGUGGCUUAGGCCUAGCCUCAAAACCACCAGCGCGCACAUUAUCUCCCACCCCCUCUAAGACAACUAGGGAGCCUAAGGUCACGGCCAUUUACAGCAACGACCCCCGCUCACAGACCUCCUCUAAAGUGGAAAAGCCCCAAGCAUCAAAAGUGAACCCCAAAGCCAGUAACCCUUCCAAAGCUGCCCUCAAGGUUAGCCACAUCUCACACUCAUCAACUACAAUAUUGACAACCCAACCGUUGUCACGGGUAAGCUCACCUACCCCAACAUGUGUCACUCAAAUGCCUUCUCCCGUCAAGAGCAGCAGAGCAGCAGAUGCAGGAAAGAAGACCAGGUCCAAGACCCCAAAGGCAUUGCCCCCAUCCUCCUCAUUUGUCCCACCCACUUCCUCCUUAUUUGUCCCAACCACUUCCUCCUCAUUUGUCCCACCCACUUCCUCCUCAUUUGUCCCACCCACUUCCUCCUCAUUUGUCCCGCCCACUCGCUCCUAUGUUGUGCCCGAUUUUUGGAGACCACCAGCAAACACCGCCUGCCAGGUAGAGAGAAGCAGCCAUAUCCAUCCACCAAGUGAAUCUUGCUGUGAAGCUUGCUGUGGGGCCUGCUGCCAGGACUUCUGUGAGUGCCGCAGGGCCUGCUGCAGGGGCUUUUGUAAUUGCAUGUCACGUAAACCGUGUCAAUUUUUGGUCUUCCUAUUCACUGUUGCUUUUAUUGUGACACUUUGCCUAAAAUAUGGUAUAUGAGUCUUGAAAAAAGAAUGCUGAAUGGGAAAAAAAAUCACAACAUCCCCAAAAAGUCACACAUUGUGUAACCCCUUUAUAUGAAAUGUCAAUAAAAUUAGUAGUGGAGUCCAGAGGUGGCUACCAGGACUGGAGGAAGGGAAAAGUAUAAAGCCACCGUUUAACCAAUGUGGGUCUUGUGAGGAAGAGGGUGAUGAAAAUGUUUGGGAAUUUGAGGAGAUGGCAACAGUCUCUCAACUCCGU